AUGGCGAAACCAUGCAUUUUGUUGGGUGACGACAAAAAAUUACGGGAACGGAAAAGACACAAAUUAAACACAUCGGAAAAUGAUGGAAAUCCCGAUCGAAAUGAGCUUCGAAGUCCAUACCGUAAAGUCUUAAUCGCGGUUUUCGAUGAUGUGAUGCAAAAGGAACAAGGUUUUCACGAAGAAAUGAUUAGCAGGCUUCUCAGCAAACCUUUCAAAAUCCCCAUUCCUGAUUACAGAAGUCCUGGCAGGGCUCGUCCUCUUGGCCUGCGUCAUUCAGCAGUUCGCUGUGCACUGUUCGACCCAUAUGCUGAAGGAGCAUUGGUGCUGUUCACACCACCGGAACUUAGUGCACAUGAUGCACUUAAACUUGAUGCUACUAACAAGCAGGUACACAUUGUGGUGGAUCCAAUGCUGAGUGCCAUUCUGCGACCUCAUCAACGGGAAGGUGUGAAAUUUAUGUAUGAUUGUGUCACCGGUGUUCGCAUACCUUCCGCUCAUGGUUGUAUCAUGGCAGAUGAAAUGGGUUUGGGCAAAACGCUGCAGUGUAUCACGCUGAUGUGGACGUUACUCAGACAAGGACCGGAUGCAAAACCGACAUUGAAUAAGGCAGUGAUCGUUUGUCCGAGCAGUCUUGUCAAGAAUUGGGAUAAAGAAAUUAGGAAGUGGCUCGGCGGACGAGUGAACGCAUUACCCGUUGAUUCGGGCGGGAAAGAUGAAAUUGACAGGAAUUUAGAAAAGUUUAUGUCUCAAAUGGGUGUGCGUUGUCCUACACCUGUGCUCAUUAUUUCCUAUGAAACUUUUCGGCUCCAUGCUUCCAUUCUGUUGCAGAAGGAAAUUGGAUUAAUCAUUUGCGACGAGGGUCACCGACUGAAAAAUAGUGACAAUCAAACAUAUCAAGCACUCUUCGGUUUAAAAUGUGAGCGACGAGUACUUAUUUCUGGCACUCCAAUACAAAAUGAUCUCUUAGAAUAUUACAGUUUGAUAAAUUUUGUCAAUCCUGGCUUGCUUGGAACAGCCUCAGAAUUUAAACGACGUUUUGAAAAUAUUAUUCUCCGAGGCAGAGAUGCUGAUGCUACAGAUGCUCAGCGCGAAAAAGGUGACGCUGCACUUACCGAGAUGUCAUCCAUUGUGAGUAGGUGUGUCAUCAGAAGAACAUCCGCAUUGCUCACGAAGUAUUUGCCGGUGAAAUACGAACUUAUUAUUUGUUGUAAGCUGACGGAACUGCAGGAGAAGUUGUACAGGCAACUUAUUAGUACAUUUUCGAUGGGUGGAAAGCAGAAAGUAACUGAAGGUGAUAAAAUAACGGGAACCGCUCUCUCAUUCAUUACGAACUUGAAGAAAUUAUGUAAUCAUCCGCAGCUGAUAUUUAACAAAUGCCAGAAGAAAGAGGAAGGAUUUGAAGGUUGCUUGAAACUGUUUCCUGGAGAGUUUGGCAGAAAGUUCGAGCCGGCAUUUUCUGGAAAAAUGAAAGUUCUGGACUACUUGUUAGCAGCGACAAGAACCACUACAAAUGAUAAAUUUGUUUUGGUGUCUAAUUAUACACAAACGAUUGAUGCAUUUGUUGAACUGUGCCAGCUUCGUCGCUAUCCGUAUAUUCGUUUGGAUGGAACUUGUACAAUUAAACAGCGAGCAAAAUUAGUAGAGAAAUUCAACGACCCCAAGAGUGUCGAGUAUGUAUUUCUAUUAUCAUCGAAAGCGGGUGGCUGUGGUUUAAAUUUGAUUGGUGCAAAUCGGCUUAUAAUGUUUGAUCCGGAUUGGAACCCAGCAAAUGAUGAUCAGGCGAUGGCUCGAGUAUGGAGGGAUGGGCAGAGGAAGAACUGUUUCAUCUAUCGGUUGUUAGCGAGCGGUAGCAUCGAGGAAAAAAUGUUUCAACGACAGGCGCACAAGAAAGCUCUGUCGUCCUGUGUAAUUGACGAAGCUUCCGAUGUGGCACGGCACUUUAGCAAGGACCAAUUGCGCCAUUUAUUUGAUUUGAAAGCAGAUAUCGCAUCAGAUACGCAUCAUUCAUUAAAAUGUAACCGGUGCGUAAAUGGUGUCGAAUACAGGGAGCCUCAUGAGGAGGCUGAUACGAAUUCUGAUCUCAGUGAUUGGUAUCAUGUUCAGAAAGAUGUACGCAAAGUGCCGGAUAAAGUACUGAAAAGAGUUUUUGACUGUGGGGUCAUUACAUUUGUCUUUCAUCAGAAGUCUCACGACGCAAGGAACGAAAUAGUAAAGGAAGAAAACGAAAUCAAAGAGGAUGAUUUGUUGAUCGGGCAAGAUGAGAGCUGAAAUUUUGCCCUAUUUCACUUUUUUUUUCCUCGAUUUUUCAAUAUUUCCUAGUUUUUUAUCUUAUUUGCAUACCGCUUAUAAAUUGUAUAAAAUGGAUAUCUC